CUGGAGGAAUGCACUACCGAGCAUCGUGCUUGCAACAUGGCAAAGCCGCCGUGGCAUCCAAGCCGGCUUGUCGACCUUGGCUGCUCGCGCUCUUCGAACAAUGACGUUUACCCCCGAUUCUCAAUUGUAAAGGGCAGCAAAGUGUCUCCGGGACAGAAAUACAUCACCUUGAGCCAUCGGUGGGGGUUGUCCCAUACUCCUCGGAUUACCGUACAAAAUCUGGGAGCUUACGAACAGGGAAUGCCCAUGUCUGCUCUUCCCAUGUCAUUCCGGGAUGCGAUUACUGUUGCGCAAAGACUAGGCAUCCGGUAUAUCUGGAUCGACUCGCUCUGCAUAAUCCAGGAUGGCGACAACGGACAGGACUGGAGACGAGAAGCCCCGCUCAUGGAAAAGGUGUAUGCAAAUGCAUUCUGCAACCUAGCUGCCAACUGGGGGUCAGACUCGGUUGGUCAUUUUUUCGAGAGAGACACAACGCUUUUUGGUCCAAACCGCUUUCCUAUCAUUCACAACCUGACUUACAAUCUGUUUAUUAAUGGGAACAGUUGGAUUCAAGAGGUUAUGGAUGCUCCCCUGAAUAAGAGAGGUUGGGUACUGCAAGAACGAAUCCUUGCCCCGAGGAUUAUCCACUUCUGUCGCCACGAAGUCUUCUGGGAGUGUUGCGAAAAUACGGUUUCCGAAUCCUUUCCAGCCAAGCUGCCACCGAUAGAUCAGAGUACAGGAGAUUAUCUACUACCUGGCCUGAUACACUCUCUCGAUAGUCCCGGGAAUAGUACUCUCUAUGAGAGGACCGGGUCGAAGUCGAACGAAGCUGGCCGGCUGUACGACUUAUGGCACAGUGUGGUCGAAAUCUACACCAGAUGCCGACUCACCAAGCAAUCAGAUAAGCUGGUGGCCAUCGCUGGUUUAGCCCGGAGUCUAAGCCCAUUUCUUCGGGAUCUGUAUGUUGCCGGAGUAUGGUCAAGGAACCUGGUAAUUGACCUUGCCUGGUACAUGGCGGAGCCGGAACUAGUCAGCAGAGACUCCAGCCUUCCCUAUCGAGCUCCCAGUUUCUCCUGGGCAUCGGUGAAUGCCAUAUCCGCUGGCCAUUGA